AACAUACUUUUAUUCGUAAAAUAUAGGCAGUGGAGUUAACUCUAUGGCUAAAAAGAAAACAUGGAUUAUCCACUUCGAGAUUAUCAUUUAAGACCUUCGUCGAGAAGAAGUUCGCCCUCACGAUCUAGAAGAAAUUACCUCCAUGGAGGGGAUGGAUCAUUUAAAUAUACAAAUUUGCAACCCAGUAGCGGCCGUUCGACACCGUCUGCUGCGGUGAAAAGAGCCCUUCAGGUAUUGGAUGAAAGUUAUCGACACCAAGAUGAAAACAAACGAAACAAUAAUUGUGACAGGAUUUCAACGUAUCGCAUGAAUCGUGCGCAUUCGCCUUCAAAGUCCAGGACACCUUCGCCAGUUCGAAAAUUCCUAAGAGAUUCUUAUUCGCCAACUCCAGCACCUACCACUCCACCUCGAAUAUUGGAAAUUGAAAGAGACAAUUUACAAGAUGCACUCGGUGACAGUGAAUCGCGUAGAAAUGUAUUGCUUAGGAAGCUUGCAGAAACUCAAAGAACAAUGGAGAUUCAAAAUGACACGGUUAAAAAAGGCGAAGUAGAAUUGAGAGAAACGAAAGCAGCAUCAAAAUUACUUCAACAAGUUCAGGAAGAAUUGGAAACAAAAGUAAAAUAUUUAGAAAAAGAAAGAAAUUCCCAUCUCAAUCGCCAACUACACGACGCAGAAGAGAAAGAAACCCUCCGGAGAGAGGCUGACAAUUUUCAUCAUGAAAUGAAAAGACUGGAAUGUCAAUUAGAUCUGAUGGAUACCGACAAAGAAGAACGUCAACGUGAACUAAAUCAUGCAAGAGAAGAAAUACGUAAUAUGCAAGAGAAUAAUCAUACAUUAUUGGAGAACAAAUCAGCUUUGUGUGAUGAACUAUCAACUUUGAAAGAACAUUUAUCAGUUGCAAAACAGCGGAUUGAACUUUUAGAAAAAGAAAAAAAUCACGCCCAGGACGAUGUUUCUAAUCUGCGUGAAUCACAACAGGCAAUCAUAAAUAGGAAUACAGAACUCAGUAAUCGUCUUAACACAGCAGAAGACAGCGUUAUUCAGCUCAGGAACAAACUUGAUGAAACAGAAAUAUCACUACAAACAUGCAAACAUGAUUCAGAAACGUAUAAAGAAAAAUGUGCUAAACAGGGAUAUAAAUUGGCGGAAUUACAAACAACAUAUAGAGAUGUUCAGAGUGAUAUGGACCGCUCAAAUCGAUACAUUACAGAAUUGGAAAGAACAUUACAAUCAGUGAAAGAUGGAAAUCAACAGCUAAAAGAAAAUAAAAUCACCCUGGAAGAUAACCUCACAACACUUCAUGCAGAAUUGGCAAAAUGUCGGUUAGAAUAUUCAAGAACAACUGAGGAAAAAAACAGAUAUUGUGAUGAACUAGAACUAGUGAAAAAAGGUCAACGAGACCUGACUAACAGUUUAGCAGAAGUUCGACAUCAGCUGUCAUCAAGAGAAGAAGAACUUUCACAAUGUCAAGUCAAACACAAAAUUGAUAGUCAAAGGUUGGGAUUGCUGGAGACACAGAAUAUUCAAGGAGAACGUGAGCGAGAUGAACUUGCUUCGCGAUUGAUAACGCUCCAAGAAUCUCAUGAAAAUUUGAAAAUUCAAACGGAACAAAAUUCUCAGCAUUCUUCACAGCAAUUACGAGAAUUGAAGGCAGAGCGCGAUAGAUUGGAAACAAAAUAUAAAGAAUCUGAAGCACGUUCUGAAAGACUGAACCUUGAGCUAGCAGCAACUGUAGAGCAUGACCAAUCACAACUUGAUCACUGGAGGGAGACAUGCACUAAACUAACUUCUUUGAUGGAGCAGCGAGAUCAAGAUCAACGAGAAAUAUCAGCUAAAUUGAGAAAUAUAGAAGAUGUCGCAGAACGAUUGGAAAGUGAGAACAAGAGCCUUGAGAAUCAGGUUUCUAUUAUGCAAGAACUCCAGCAUGAGAUUGCUGAAAUCAAGGCAGAAAACAAAAGACUAGUCCAAGAAAUAAAGGAGAAUCAGCAGAUGAUUGCUGUGUUAGAAAUGGAAAGAGAUGUUUUGACAAAAUCUCCGACAAAAUCGGGAAAUGAUGACUUUCUCGGAGCUGAAGUGAAAAAACUCCAAUCUCAGUUGAAGAUUGCUGUCGAUAAAUUGACUUCAGUAAACUCAUUCAAAGAGAAAUUGGCAAAGGAGGAAGACAACAUCAGGAUUCAGGCAGAAGAAGCUUCAGAAUUCGACCUCAAGAGGGCCCAAGAAAAGAACAAAUUGCUUGCUGAUCAAUUAGGACAAGUGAAGAAGGAAGCUGAUACCCUACAGAAUUUAUUAGAAGCCCGAACAGAUACUCAUGAAAGAGAGAUUAAAAAAAUGGAACGAGAGAAGGAGAGGUUAGAGUCAAGAAUUCGAAGUCUGGAAGAUGAAGCAAAAGUACUCAGAUCUUCUCUCACAUCAUCAGCAAGAAGUCCUACACAAUCAGCAGAUGUUUUAGAUCUGAGAAACUUAAGAGUUGAGGUCUCAAGACUGAAGACUGAACUAGAAGAUAAAGAAAAAUCUUAUCUUGUCACAAAGGGGCAACUUGUUGUUGCUCAAAAUGCCAAAAAAACAGCAGAAGACAGAGUUGUGAUUAUGUCAUCACAGCUGGAAAUCAUGGAAAAGUCUACCAAAACGUCAUCCUCUCGUUUUUCUGAUAACUUGGAAAAUGUGCAACGAGAAUUAGAAACAAAGAAAGCAAGGCUGGAAGGUGUUGAAGCAGAAUGUACCAUACUCAAAUCAAGAAUUGAAGAAUUAUCAGAAGUCAGAGCUAAGCAUGAAAAUCUUAUCAAGAAUUUGCGACAGCAAUUGAAAAACCUCAAAGAGAAGGCUGUCAGGGGUGAUAUUGAUGGCAAUCAGUCAGAUGACAAUGAGCGAAUAGCUUUGAUUGAACUUGCUUCUGCUCGACAUGAUUUACAAAGAGCUCUUGAAGAUAUUGCUUCUCGUGAUCACCAAUUAUCAGAACUCAGAAGAAAUUUAGUUUCUGCACAAAGGCAAGAACAAAAAGCUAGGAAGGAAAGAGAUGAAUUGAAAGGGAAAACUAUUAUUAUGGAAUCCAUGACUGAUUCAAAUACAGAUUUAAGAAAAGAUAUGGAUAGAUUACGAAAAGAAAAAUCAGCUUUAGAAAAACAACUAAAUGCUUUUGUAAAAAGUAAACCAAGUCAAACACCAGUAUCCAGUCUUUCUCUCAGUGGAGAAUUCGACAAAGAGAUGGAGAGGCAAUACAAGAUUGUAUGUGAACGCAAUAAAUGGUUGGAAAAUCGGAUUUCUUCUUUAUUGAGAGAGAUUGAUCUUUUACGUGAUCAAAAUUCAUUAUUAUUACAAGAGAAAAAUGAAGCUGAAAGACAAUCAGAAGCAAUAGAAGGAGAACUAAAGAAUGUAACUAUUUUGUCAAAAAGCAAUCGUCAACAGAAAGAACUCGAGCAAAUACAUUUAGAAAAUAGCAAUGCUGAAAAGAUGCAACAGAUUGUGGAGCUGCAAAGAGAAAUCAGAGAUAAAAAUCAACUGAUUCAAGCCCUUUCAAAAGAAUUUGAAUCUUCUCAAAAGAAAACGGACAAGAAGAAAAUUUCAUCUUUCAUGAAAAAAUUGAGAAAGUCUGGAGAAUCGAGAAGUGUGACGUCAUUGCCGGAACGUGGGCAAAUGAUGCAUGCAUCAGCAACAGAACCUCUUUUGGGCACAUUUGGUUCUACUGGAGGAUUAACAUUGCUACCAUCUACAUUUUCAACUCGAACCUCAACAGAUCCUGGUUAUUCAACUCUAAAUAUUCCAAAUGAAGGAUCAAAGGAAAAGCAAUCUAAUCGGCACAGGUCUCGUUCAAGUCCUGGUAAUAUCUCAAAUAUGUUACAUGCAACUCAACAAUCAGAGUUUGAAGAGCCAAGACCUAAAUGGAAGUCACAUCACAAACUUUAUGAUGAAUCUCCUGAGCAACCAAGAACUAUGAAAGGUUUAAGUCCAUCACCCACACUUACGACAGCCAGACGAUCUGCACGUAAUAUUGAUGAUGGUUUGAUGGAAUCUGUUUCAGAUUACAUUUCAGACACCGGAGAACCACUUGUAUCACCAGAGAGACAUACCUUUGGAGAUACACAACCUCUUCCUGAACCUCCUCGUAAACGAUUGUUGAAAGAUGAUGAAAUGACUGAAUCAUCUGUUGAUGAAGACAGUAGUGAAAAGGAACAUUCACAACAUGCUUUUGCUGGUUCGUCAACACAAUUCCCCAAAGUAACAGAGAGAAAGAGAAGCUACAGCUCUGAUCGGCCUGCUGUUUCAGCAAGAUCACAUGAUAAAAGAGUGGCGAUGUCCGCAGAUGAAUUAGAUGAGAGAUUUGUUGACAGUGGCAUUCAAAAGUCUAAAUCGUCAAAAAAGCAAUCACGCCGUUCAUCAUCAGAUCCAGUUCCUGAAGUUUAUGCACCAAAUCCAUUACCAAUCCCUAUACUUCCCACACCAGCAUCUAGUCCUUCAGUUCUCUCCCCAACCUCAGCAAGGAACCGUGCGGUUCAAAUUUGUGUUAUUGGACCAGAUACCUCUGAUGACAAUCAAUCACAUCAACAAAUUGACUUAACCGAUUCACCUUCACCAAAUAGACCUACCUCAUCUCCCAAAUCAUCAGACCUUCCUUCCCCGAUUGCUACAUCUGGAACCCCGACAAAAUCAAAGUCAAGUAAAACCCUGUUUUCUGACUUGAUUUGAUCAGGUAUAAAGGUGAUUCUGAACAUGAAAUGUGGCGAACUACUGGUGGGUAUCGACUGCAAAUCCAAUACAUCGAUAGGUUGUAAUAGUACAACAUCGUGGACUGGAUGUUUUUGCAAAUAUGAUGAGACUAGAGAAACUUUGUACAAAAAAGUUUUAUUUUAUCCAAAUUUUAAAUGUUUUUAGAAAUUUACCUAUAUCAUAUGUGAGUGCUAUUUUUAGGUUCAUUUGUGAGAUUCACUUAAUGUUACAUUGAACUAGUUUUAUAUAGUUACAAGCUGCUAAUAAAUUGAGUAAGUAUGUAAUAAUUGGUGGAGAAAAUAUUACUACAAAA